CUCAUACACAACCUUGACGGCAAAUAACACGAGUCCACUGAGUACACACGGUUUGGACAAAUGUGAACAUUUAUACCGGCUGAAAUGAGGGGUUACCUCAAAACUUUAAACUGGGUUUUUAAAUUUAAGACUAAGAGAACAACUAUAGGAAAACACAAAGACUCUGAUCUCUGUCUACAGAAUGGUGGGGUGGAUGAGUGUCAUGCCAUCAUUGACUGGUGUGAAGAAGAGAGCUGCUACUACAUUAGUGACCUGAACUCUGUCCAUGGCACCUAUGUCAAUGACUGCCGCAUACACAAUGCCACUGUGCGUCUCUCUCCAGGAGACCAGCUUCACUUUGGAUAUGGAGGAUCAACCUAUGAGCUCAUCAUCGACAGCAAGAAACCGUUUCCAUUCCUGUCUGCCCGAUCCGUCACUCCCCAAGCCUGGGUACAAACUCAGACAUCCUCAAUUAAACCCCACCCUCCCACCAGAACUCGCCCAAUGAGUGCGGGGUCCAAACAGGUUACAUUUACACCUGAUCGCAAGACCUAUUCUAAAAGACCGGGGAGUUGGAGUGCUAACACAGAAAGAAGUUGUUACCUCAGAAACAAGAAUUCACCUCACCACACUCCAAACAUUUACAUCUUGCCAGUGGAGGUGGAAAGGUCACACCGUCCGUUAGAGGGAUGUGGUGCCGCGUCUGUGUGUCUUGAAGACGAGUCCCCAAAAAAGGAUGAUGUGAUAGCCUGCCUGAAGAAAGAAGUGUCGGCUCUUAAGCUCCAGCUGUCUCAGAAGCAGACUGAUCCAGAGGUCACACACCGACUGUGCUGCCUGGAGAGUGACAUUAGAGAAAAGAAAGAACAGAUACAACAGUUAAAGGAACAGAUGCUGGAGCUCCAGGCGUGUUCUGGAGAGAUGUUGGGACAGGCUUUGAUAGAAAGAGACCAGAAGAUCAGCAAUCUGUCAGUACAGCUGGAUAAACUAAAGAGUGAAAAUAAAUCCUCUAAAGCAAUGGUUAGCAGUUUACAGAAAGAUCUGACUGCUCGUGAGAAACAAGCUCUCAAUCUAGCAGCUGAGGUGGAUAAACUCAGAGAGAAUGUGAAACACAAAGAUGCCAAGCUCACAAACACGAUUGACAAGUUGAAAGAAGCUCAGAAACAUCAACAUGAACUUCUGUCCAAGCAGAACAUCAUAGAAUCCUUCAAGAAGGAACAAGCUUCUCUGCUGACGGAGAUGGACAGACUGAAGCACCUUCAUCAACAAACACAGCAGAGAGAACAGAGAAUCCAAGCAGAGCUCAAACAUAAAGAGUCAAGGCUUGACAGUUUUCACAAGCAGAUUGUCAAGGCUGCGCACCUCAACUCUGACAAGGUAUCAGACCAAGAGGUGUUGGUCUGUUUUUCAAAAUUAAUGGAACAGAUGGAAACGUAUAAAUCCAAGCUGCACGACUGUGAUACUAAACUCGAAGAGGAAACUCGUGCACAACGAAAAAUGUUGGAUGAGACCCAGAUGUUUAGAGCAAAACUGGAGGAAUGUCAGACCCGGGUACAAGACACAUGCAUGGCAGAUACGGUGCAUAUGGAAAUAUCUGCCCUGGAGGACAUGAAUUUGAGUCCUGCACUCAGCUGGGUUCAGGCACAUUCGCUCUCUGUACUUAACCUCCUGCAUGCACUGCUGCAUAAAGCCGCUCAGAGGCUACAGACAGCAGGCAUAGAUGUGUCAGUGAAGACUGGAGGAGUUUUAGGUGCCUUACAGAUUUUGUCCCAGGAGCACAAAGACAACCAGUCUGAACUCAGGAAUGUAAAGGCAGAGAUACAAAAGCUUCAGGACAGAGAGAUGCAAAACAGAGAUCUUCAGAAUAAACUGGACUUCAUGCAGAAGCAGUCUGAGACGGACAAACUACAGGCAGCCGAGAGACAGAAAGAAAUUAAAAACACAACGACACAUCAUCUGGAAGAGGUGAAAGCUGAUCUCCAUUCAGUCAGAAAAACUGAAGAUGCCUUGCGCAGGGAGAUUGAGACAUGCAAGGCCGAGUGGCUAUCCAAGAUGGAAGAAGCCAAGGUACGAGAGACGGAGCUGAAAGAAAAGAUUUGUGACUUGCAGCUCAGAGAGGAGGAGAAGAACGAGAGAAUGAAACAGUGUGAGGAGAGAGAGAUGAGGGCUCUUCAGAGAGGAGCUGAAGAGGAGAGAGAGAUACACAGGGUUGAGGUGGAGGAGUACAGAGAACAGGUGCGACAGCACGCGUACACCAUUGUUGCCAUGGAGAAACAAAUAAAUAAAGUCCAGCAGAGUGAGGAUAGAUGGAGAGAAAUGGAGAAGCAAAGAGACUCACUUGAGGAGCAGCUUAAAGAGACACUUAAAAAAGUUGAGGACUUUGAAAGCAACAACACGUCAUACAUUUCGGAAAAAGAACAGAAAUUAGAACGGACCAUAACAUCCCUUAGGUCAUCUUUGGUUGCGUCCCAACAGGAAGUGGCUGGUCAGAGUGAGAUCAUUAAUGCUUUAAGUCGUGAUCUGGCCCAGGCCCAUGCUCGCCACUCUGACAUGUCAGGCGAGCUGAGUGAACAACAGAAGAUAGAGUUGGAGACUCACAGAGCUUUAGUGUUGGAGCAGAGGAUUCAGCUGAGCACGCUCACACACAAGCUCACCGCAAUGUCACAGCUGGUGGAACAGAAAGAUGAAGAGAAAAAAAAGCUGGCAGAAAAACUGAAACAAACAGAGGAGGAUCUGAGAAGAACAGCAGCAAGCACAGAGCUAGAGAGCUCGAGCCUUCAAACAACAAGGACUACUAGAGAUGUGGCACUCAUGACAGCUCCUAAUGAUGUCAUCAAUCUGGGUUCAAAACACAAAGGUUAUCGCUGUGAGGAAAUGAUACUUCAGCAGCAGGAAGGUUUGCGUGAUGUGAAGGAACGAAUAAGCGCCCUACAAAAGAAGUGGCCCAGCACACGUCAGCAGGGGGUGCCAGAGAGGCGGGGUGAAAUGAAGACUCAGAAGCUUCAAAGAUCUGAAACCCGAAAAGGAUCAAACAGUUCUGUGAUCGGUUUUGCGUUCCCCGAAGCUCUGACCGAAGCAGCACGAGAACGUACAGCCAGACUAGACAUGUCCGAUGCUCUGGAGCUGAGUGAAAAGACAUACUUGGAGCUAGCACGGGUGCUGUGUGAGGCUCUGGAGCUAAGCGAGGGUGAGCUGUCAGGCUCUGCUAGUUUAAAGCACCUGCCCCCUGAUGAGAGACUGCACAUAUACUCUCAGAGACAAACAGACCUGGAGUUUCUAAGAAGCCGCCUUGAUCUACAGAACACUCAGAGUCAACAGCAAGACCUUCUGCUGGAAGAGAACCAGAGAGAGAUAAACACACUCAGAGAGAGCCUGAUCUUGGGACAUCAGAUGCAAGCUGAGCUUGCGAGUAUGAAGGUAGAGCUGGAAACCCAAAGACAAGAGUCUGAGCAGCUUCGACAGACACUCCAGGACUAUAUGGACCAGCUGCAGAGAAACCAGCAGAAGCACAGUGUUGCCAUCAGAAAUAACCAGGGUUUGGACUUGGAGAGAUCAAACAGAAGGACUGUCAGAGUGGGCCAUCACAAUUGUAUACCGAAUGAAAGCUACAUAAAGACCCCAGCGUUAAAGAAACAGUCCUCAAAGUGGCGGAUUAAAAAUAGAGGAAGUGCAGUGGAGACCCCGAAGCAAGAGCUGUUGAAAGAGCAUCAGACUUGUUCGAUGGUCUCUGAUUUAGCCGGUCCUCUACAGGUCCCAGAUGGUUCCUUACUACACCUGCUCACUGAGGCCAACUGAUACGGACACCUAUUGUAUGAUUAUACAACCACAAAUUGAAUUACACUUGAGAGAACA